CUGCAAGCCGCUCUUCUCUGUCAGAAACCCCGUAGUGCAGCACAGCAACGCCAUUCCGGUAACUGCAACAGUAUCCAAAAUGGCCGGAGCUGAUGGAGACGACUCUCUCUACCCGAUCGCUGUUCUCAUCGACGAGCUGCGAAAUGAGGACGUCCAGUUACGACUGAACAGCAUCAAGAAGCUGUCCACCAUUGCACUGGCCCUUGGUGUUGAGAGGACUCGGACUGAACUCCUUCCUUUCCUCACAGACACCAUCUAUGAUGAAGAUGAGGUGCUCUUGGCCUUGGCUGAGCAGCUUGGCAAUUUCACUAUGUUGGUGGGAGGGCCAGAGUACGUCCACUGUCUUUUGCCUCCUCUGGAGAGCCUAGCUACAGUGGAGGAGACAGUAGUCAGAGACAAAGCUGUGGAGUCCCUGCGGAAGAUCUCUCAGGAGCACUCUCCAGUUGACCUGGAGGUCCACUUUGAGCCUUUAGUCAAGCGGCUGGCCAGUGGUGACUGGUUCACUUCUCGUACAUCUGCCUGCGGCCUCUUUAGUGUCUGUUAUCCCCGCGUCUCCAGCACUGUCAAGGCUGAGAUCCGUCAGCAUUUUCGCACCUUGUGCUCAGAUGACACUCCUAUGGUGCGUCGUGCUGCAGCAUCUAAGCUGGGGGAGUUUGCCAAAGUCCUGGAGCUGGAUUAUGUAAAAAGUGACAUCAUUUCCCUCUUCACUGCUUUGGCCUCUGAUGAGCAGGACUCAGUGCGACUGCUGGCUGUGGAGGCAUGUGUCAGCAUCGCCACUCUGCUGCCUCAGGAGGACCUUGAGACCCUGGUGAUGCCAACCCUGCGCCAGGCUGCAGAAGACAAAUCCUGGAGGGUUCGCUACAUGGUGGCUGACAAGUUCUCUGAGCUCCAGAAAGCAGUGGGACCAGAGAUCACCAAGAACGAUCUGGUCCCGGCCUUCCAGAAUCUUCUGAAGGACUGUGAAGCUGAGGUCCGUGCUGCUGCAGCCAACAAAGUCAAAGAGUUCUGUGAGAACCUCCCAGAGGACAAUCGUGAGCAAAUCAUCAUGACUCACAUUCUGCCCUGUGUCAAGGAACUUGUUUCAGACACCAACCAGCAUGUGAAGUCAGCCCUGGCCUCAGUCAUUAUGGGCCUUUCAACCAUCCUGGGCAAGGACAACACAAUAGAGCACUUACUGCCUCUCUUCCUGGCUCAGCUCAAGGACGAGUGCCCCGAGGUGCGUCUCAACAUCAUCUCCAACCUUGACUGUGUGAACGAGGUGAUUGGCAUCCGUCAGCUCUCCCAGUCACUGCUGCCGGCCAUUGUGGAGCUGGCGGAGGACGCAAAGUGGAGGGUCCGCCUCGCCAUCAUAGAGUACAUGCCCUUGUUGGCAGGACAGCUGGGAGUGGAAUUCUUUGAUGAGAAGCUCAACACCCUUUGUAUGGCCUGGCUCAUUGACCACGUGUAUGCCAUCCGUGAGGCGGCCACCUGUAACCUAAUGAAGCUGGUGGAGAAGUUUGGAGCGGAGUGGGCUCAGAACACCAUCGUGCCCAAAGUGCUGGGCAUGGCCAACGACCCCAAUUACCUCCACAGGAUGACUACUCUAUUCUGCAUCAACGCUUUGUCAGAGGCAUGUGGCCAGGACAUCACCACUAAGCAGAUGCUACCAGUGGUCCUCAAGAUGUCCAAUGACCAGGUGGCUAACGUUCGCUUCAACGUGGCCAAAUCCCUUCAGAAGAUCGGCCCCGUCCUUGACAGCAAUGCCCUUCAAACAGAAGUGAAGCCAGUGCUGGAGAAGCUGGCCACGGACACAGACAUGGAUGUCAAGUACUUUGCCCAGGAGGCUAUCAGUGUUCUGGCCCUAGCAUAACCAACCCAACAUGGCUGAACCAGACAACCACCCAAGACAACAACGCAAACACUUUUACAAGAUAUUUAUUGAUGUUCAGGAACAACUGGUAAAUGUAUAGAAAAAGCUGUUAACAAUUGUUUUUAUCAUUUUUUUUCUCUCUUUUGUUUAAUGUCCAAUAGUAGACCAUAUCCAGGCAUAGCACAGGCUUCUUCGUUAACCUAUUUGCUGUAAAUGGGCGCUUUAACGCAGGCAAAGUGUGAUGGAAUUGCAUUAAGUAGUGCAUGCUGACUAAUGUGCUACUGUACUAGCUAAGCAUUGCUAACCAAAACCCUUCUCACAUUCCUCCC